GUCCGUACACUGCGCUAACGUGCGUAUGACGUCAUUCAGAAGUCUCAUCUUGUGGAAGCCAAAGCAUUUAGCUGGUCGCUAACGGAGCUAGCAGUCUUUCUUUAUCGUUUACGCUUUUAACGACGCUGGUGUUAGGAGCUUCACAUUUAUUGCGUGAUUCUGCGGGACAUUCAUAAACGCCACCUUUCUUUCCACACCGCUCUUCUUUCUCGUCUGGAGAAAGCAGUCGAGCCAUGUACAAUGGGAUUGGCCUGACGACUCCACGAGGCAGCGGCACCAAUGGUUACGUACAACGCAACCUGUCGAGCCUGCGUGUCAAGCGGCCACGGGAUGAGCGUGGAGGUGAGCGAGAUGAGAAGGACCGUGAAAGGUUGGAGAGUCAGCUCAACAGACAGCCAAAUGCUGAUAUCCUGGAGCACCAACGCAAGAGGCAGCUGGAGGUCAAGUGUGCCGAGCUGCAGGACAUGAUGGAGGAGCAAGGAUAUUCUGCUGAGGAGAUCGAGGAGAAGGUGAACAGUUUCCGCAUGAUGCUGCAGGAGAAGCAGGAGCCACCUCCCACUUCUGCUCAGAAAGCUGUUGUGACAGAAACGCACGCCCUGGCUGCAGCCAACCAACAGAAGAAUGACCGUCUUCGUGCAGCUUUCGGCAUCUCCAGCGACUAUGUGGAUGGAUCUUCAUUUCAUGCUGAUCGAAAGGAGAAAGAAAAGGAGAAACGAGAGCAGGAACGCUUGGAGAGAGAGAGGCAGCAGCAGCAGAAAUAUACAUUGGUGGAAGAUUCAGAUGAGUCGGAUGCUCCUCCUGAGAAGCGAAGUCGAAAGAAGAAAAAGAAAAACAAGAAUAGAGACAGCAGCUCAGAGAGUUCCUCUCCAUCUCCACACAGAGAAAAGAAAUCUAAAAAGAAGAAAAAGAAACGUGAGUCAUCAGAAGAGGAUGAUGACAGUUCUUCAGAUGAAGAAAAGAAGGUUUCCAAGAAGAAAAGUAAAAAGUGCGAGAGUUUGAGUCCUCCGAAAGCUAAGUCCGGUCGACCCAGAGAAGUUUCAUCCAGCUCGACUCACAGUGAAAAGUCUCCUCCAUCGAGGUUGCGUCAAAAGGACCGUUCUACAAGAAAUGUUGAUGAAGGUAGGAAGAGGAGGUCGCCUGACUGGAGGCGGCGCGGCAAUGAGGAGCACAGCCCACAUCGCCAGGGAGGUGAAGGGAGGAGACCCAAUUUGGAUCAAGACAAAGAGCACCAAAAGAAGGCAGAGAAGACACAGAGGAGACAUGACUCCUCAUCACCUUCUCCCCUUCCUCAGGCAAAAAAAACCACCAACAGGGAGAAAGGAAGGAGAUCUAGAAGCAGGGAGAUGGAGAAAAGGAGACGUUCAAAGAGCGUAGAAGUAGAGAAAAGAAGGCGCUCCAGGAGUAGAGAGAAAAGAGAUAAAGGAAAAGAGAGUGUACCUCAGAGGAUCAGACAUGACUCCUCCUCCUCCUCCUCCUCCUCAUCUACCUCUCCUUCUCCUAAGCAAGAAACCAGGAAGGAAAGAGGCAGAGACACUGAGCAUAAACGAGAAGAGAGCAAACAGCACAGAAAGGCCAGACGAGAUUCUGCAUCUCUUUCACCUCUCCCAGAAAAGAAGGCAAGGAAAGAGAGGAAUGGAGAAAAGCAGAGUAUAAUUCAGAAGGAAGUGUAUAAUUCACAAACACCAAAUGAAAGAGACAACAGGAAAGAUGGUGCCAAGUGGCAGAAUAGAGAAACAUCUCCUCGCCAUCAAAGAAGUGACAAGAAAAGGGAUGGACAUCCGUCUCAAGGCUCUCCUUUCCCCAGUGGAGGUCCGCGAGAGAAAGAGGGAGAGAGGAGACUAGAAACAGAUAAAGACAGAUCUAAAGAGGAUGGGUAUUUGGAAAAGCAAAAGGAAUGGGAUGUUGGAGGGAGGAGUCGUGAAGCUGUGGUCCAGUCAUCUGUAGAAGGUAGGAGAGAAGGGUCGAGACCUGAGACAUCCCAAAGCAAGAGGCCUGAGAAGAUGAGAAGUCCUGUGAAAGAGAAGAAACGUGAAGAGCAAACUAAAGAGGUCACAGAAAAACAGGAAAGCAGCAGUGGAAGCAGCAGCAGUGACAGUGAUAGUGAUAGCUCCUCUUCAUCUUCCUCAUCCUCUUCUUCUUCAUCAUCCUCUGAAGAUGAGGUUGAAGCCAAGAAAGCUGGAUCAGCAGAGAAGGAAGGAAUCGCUAAAACAGAUUUAUUGAUCAUUGGAGCUGCUGUUGAACGGUAUUUAGUCAAUGAGAAGAAGGAAAGUUCUGCUUUAGUGGAAACCAGACGUUCACAGAGAGACCAAGAAGCUGGAAGGGACAGUCCAGAAAGGGAAAGACCAUCCUAUAAAUCUUCUGCAGAAGAUCUUCCACCCCAGACAAAAGGACAGGAGUGUUACAGUCCCACACAGAUGGACAGCCCCAGUCCUCCCCCCUCCCCACCCAGCAGAUUGGACAACCAAAAAGGCAGCCGGUGUUCUCCCUCAGAGGCCAAAACUAGGGAUGAAGAUAGAACCAGGAAGACCACUAGGUCAAGCCCCUCUGCUAGGAGCUCAUGGUCUCCACCCCCAAGAACCUCCACUGCCCCUUCAGCUCGUCACACUCCCCCAAUGCAGUACCAAGAUCCUCUAUCUCCAUCCAGAAGAGCUUCUCCUCCAACCUGGUCAGAACGGGACAGGUACAAGGAUCGAGAGCCGCAGAGAGGGGUUAGAAGGAGUAGGUCCAAAAGUCCUAGGAGGCGCACCAGGUCUAGGUCUGGAAGUCCCAAAACGUAUGGGAGGUCAAAGGCUAGGGGUCCAGUGAAGCGCAGCAGGUCAAGACCUAGAAGUCCAAGGAGGCGCAGCGGAUCUAGACCUAGGAGUCCAAGAAGGCGCAGCGGAUCUAGACCUAGGAGUCCAAGGAGGCGCAGCGGAUCUAGACCUAGGAGUCCGAGGAGGCGCAGCGGAUCUAGACCUAGGAGUCCGAGGAGGCGCAGCGGAUCUAGACCUAGGAGUCCGAGGAGGCGCAGCGGAUCUAGACCUAGGAGUCCGAGGAGGCGCAGCGGGUCUAGGCCUAGGAGUCCGAGGAGACGCAGCGGGUCUAGGCCUAGGAGUCCGAGGAGGCGUAAUGGAUCUGGACCUAGGAGCCCGAGGAGGCGCAGCGGGUCUAGGCCUAGGAGCCCGAGGAGGCGCAGCGGGUCUAGGCCUAGGAGCCCGAGGAGGCGCAGCGGGUCUAGGCCUAGGAGUCCGAGGAGGCGCAGCGGGUCUAGGCCUAAAGGUCUGAGGAGGCGCAGCAGAUCUCUUUCUAGAAGUCCUAAGAGAGGCAGCAGGACUAGGCCUAAAAGUCCAAGAAGGCACAGCAGAUCUAGGUCUGGCAGUCCAAAGAACAGCAGGUCCAUAUCAAGAAUCUUAAUGUGUCCAAGCCCGCCCAAUGGAUCACGCAGAUCUCCGUCUCCACAGCAGCAAGGAAAGACCGGUCCCUCCUUGUCCAAAGAGAGGGAGAGGGAGCGGGAGCUCGAGGCAGCCAGGCUGAGGGAAGCACAAGAGAGACUGAGAGAAAAGAAGGCUGUGCCACCUAAAGGUGUUCCCCAACCCCGCAGCUCAUCUUCAUCCUCCUCCAGCUCCUCUUCCUCCUCCUCCUCCUCCUCCUCCUCAUCUUCUUCCUCACCGUCACCACCACCAAACCAGAAUAAUGCAAAGGCACCAGCAGGAAGAGAUCUGAGGCCAAAUCAGGAGGAAGCAAAGCCAAAAGUUCAAUCUUCCUCAUCCAAGGCUCCUUCCAGAGACUCUUCCCACAUUCCAGCUUCAGGCAGGAGAGACUCUCCGUCAGACUCCAGGCACUCGGACUCAUGCAGGAGAGGCCCCCCAUCAGACACACAGCUCUCCAGUCUAGGCAGGGGAAGGUCACCAUCAGGUUCUCGGCGCUCCGAUUCUGGAAGGAGAAACUCCCCAUCAGACACACGACCUUCUGACUCAGGAAGGAGGCACUCUCAGUCAGAUUUAGAGCGCUCUGAUUAUGGAAGAAGAAGCAGACCGUCUGACCUGCAGCGCUCUGAUGGGACCUCCAUGUCAUCUCCAGCCAGCAGCCAAUUAGACUCCAGACAUUCGUCCCAAGGGCGAAUCAGGAAGCCGCCAUCACCUGCGGCCCAUCAGCCUGCACAACAAGCAGUCAGGACAGACGGUGUCGCUAACGGAAAAGGAAAGUCCAACAGGAGCAGCAGCUCAAGUUCCUCUUCGUCCUCCUCAUCAUCCUCCUCCUCCUCUUCCUCUUCAUCCUCCUCCUCCUCAGACAGCUCUGACUCUGAAGUGGAGCAGGCAAAAAGGAAGCAGGUGAAAACCCGAAGCUCUCACUCCUCCUCCUCUUCCUCAUCCAGUGAUGAGAAGGACACAACAAAGAAAAGCCCUGCCAGGCCUCGCCGAGUGCCGGCCGACUCCCUGAGAGCCUCUCGCUCGCUCAGCUAUUCUCCUCCGAGACACGUCAAAGCUGAAGCGUCUUCGCCCAGCCGAAGGAAUGGCAGGAGACAGUCGCCUAGCAGACGAAGGAAAUGAGUAAACAAACCCCCCAGAGAUGCUGCUUCUGUGCUUGAACCUGACUACAACGUCGACUCUUGGACCGACUGUCUGUAAAUGCGAGACUCCAAGAGAAAUUUCUCAUGCAGUUGUCCCCAAGUUUGUUUUAUAAUCAGCAAUGCUGUGGGGCUACGUUGUUGUUUUAUUUUUUAUCUGGGUAGGAAACGCUCACAGUUAUGCUCUUAACACUGCUCUUCUGUACUUGUACUGAAUGUUGUGUUCCCCCUGUAGAUACGAGCUGUCUGUAUUCCGGUUAUUAUCAUGUAACCGAUAUGUGAUUUCCAUGUAAUGUGAACGAAACAAACCUGGGUAAUUCUUUGUUGGAAAUAAUUCAUCGUAAUAACAAAAGGUAAUUGUACAUUUUACUUGGUGUAAUUUUUAGUCUUUAAUGGCGUGGAACAUCCCGCCUAAAGUGGCUGAUCCUGUAACAGAUGUGCUGGUGCAGAAAAUCAGCUUUAGCAAACGUCUCCCAGCUGUUCAGCUGAAGCUCUGGUUCAUUAGACAGAUUCUCUUUUUUAACUGAAUAAAAGCAGCUGAUGACGCAAGAAUAUCUGACAGUUAUUUUCUCCUGGUGACGGUGGGAAUGAAAGUGUUUGAUUUGGUUUUUUCUUCUCCUGUAAAGUAAAGCCAGUUCAUUCUGUUGCCCUUUGUUAUAACUUGUUUAUAUCAAUAAACUCACAAAAUUA